AUGCAAUUGUCUACCCUCGCUAUCUUUGCUGUGGCUUACGGGACGGUAGCUGUAGAUGCACUGACUCCUUUCACCUGCAAUGACUGGAUCACUCACCGGUACAUCGGUCAAUGUGGUCACCAGUCCGGUAGCAAUUAUAUUCUUCGAGAUGCCGAAUCUUGGCCGGGAAACGAGCCACUUCAAUUUACGCGCUGUCGUGAUACUAGCUACUGUUGUGGCCAAGAUAUGGCACUCGGACGCGGUAUCACCAAGCAAGAACUCGAUGACAAUUGCACAGACAUGACGUAA